CUUAUCUAGGAAGGUUAUAGGCUAUAAAACAUUAUGAUAUAAUCAAAAGGAGCCAAGCAGAGCGCUUGAAGUUGUUAGUUUUAUAUAAAAAGAGGAGGUGAUGAUGUCACCCCCGCAUAUUUCACUCGCCUGAGGCACCAACCUAUUCCCCUUCUUGUUCUACCUUCCACUAAAGAUAUGUCUAUGAGGUACCUUACAAAUAGCAUACAUACAAUCUAUAGUUCACAUUAGUCUUUGUCUAGUUUAUGGGUUUUCAAAGCAGUUUAUGUUCCCCCUGUACUUAUACUCUUUGUAUGUCCUUAUCAAAGAGUUUAUAUAAGUUUACGAGUUGUCCUUAUUUAAUUUAUGACAGUUACAAAAGAAACUUGUCCAACAAACUUUUAUUACUAUUAUGUAGAUUGUCAAAAGAAUAAGUACUUUUUUUAUCAUACAGUGCAUCACUUUGUUAUUUAUUAAUGUACAUUUAAUUCCGUCAUCUGACGAUAAAUUAAAAAAGAUCAAAAUGAUGAAAUCUGAGAUUCGCAAACCUGACACGUUUUUGUAUUUUGCAUAUGGUGACAAUAUGGUAAAAUUCCGAAUGAAAAUGUUCAAUCCAUCAGCUGAAUUUGUUUCUAUUGCUCGAGUAGAUAAUUACAGACUAGAUUUUAAUAAAUAUGUCAAGUUUUGGGGUGGUCCUGUCGCAACUCUUGUCCCCACGGCAAACGCUCAUGUAUGGGGCGUCAUUUGGAGACUUCAUAGAGAUGACCUCGAAUCUCUUGAUCAUCAUAAUGGUAUUGAGGCAGAUACAUAUUUUGUAAGGUACAUAGAGGUCCUUACUCCAUAUAUGGGUACAUUCAGGUGUCGAACAUACCUGCAAACAAUUUAUCCUUUGCCUAGAGGUAAUAGAGAUCCCGUUCCUACUGAGCGAUGGCCAUCAUGGGGAUAUAAAGAGUUCCUAAUUAUUGGCGCUAGGCAACAUGGUCUGCCACAGUAUUAUAUAAGAUUCUUGAGAAAGUUUAAAGACAAUGGUGAUGAAGGCUGCAUUAGAUCCGACUGCUUAUUAGUGCGCUAUGGAACUAAUCAGCCAUGCCUAUGUAGAGUACCUGGCCGCAUACCACGAAAACCUCUUAAGCUGGAUUUAAAGGCAAUUAGAGAUAGAAAGCUACUCCCAGAUCCAGUAAGAUCAGUAAAGUUGAUGUAGUAGUAACAGCAAAAAAGGUCGAAGAAAAAACUAUGUCAAAGUUUAUGUCUGCAGUUUUUAGAAGAUUUUUAUGAAAGUAUAAAACAAUUACGCAUAUUCCUGUGUUGGAAUACUUAUCUAUAACAAAGUACUUUCGUAACUUCACACACAGUAACUUAUCUGUCACGAGCUACUUACCUACAUAAAGUUAAAUGUACCUAGAUGAAAUAUGUUGAAGUUCGUAAAGGUAACUUACUUUAUCCAUGUUAUCCAACUGCAUGUAGGUAAGAUUCUGUUUUAAUUGAUAGGUGAUAAAAUUGUCCAACGCACUUGAAGGCUACUAGUGUAAUCGUUUAGGAAGAGGUAUCGGAAUAUUUAAUGAGAAACCUUUAGUUCAUAAACAGUAUACUGUGUCUAUGUAAGUGGGUCAAUAUUUUAACUUUAACAAAUAAGGUAUACCAAGAAAAAUAUCAACACGAAUGUAAAAUAAUAGAGGGGACAAACUGAAAACCAUUUUUUACUAUUUUUUAUAACUUUUUUAUUAAUAUAAAUAUUAAAAUUAUUAAUAGGUACUCGGUUUAUUAAAUUAAUUAUAUAAAAUUGUACACUAUCUCAAUCGUUUGGUGAAAUUGUAUCUAAAUUGAGCAUAUAGCACAACGCUACCCCGACACUUAUACAAAACAUACACAAUUCACACAAGGAAAUAAAUCAUUUGGAAAUUACUUUAUCAGUCAAUAAUUUAUGCAUAAUAUAAUCACUAAAAAUGAGGUAAUGUAACUGCCUUGUAGUGAUAAUCACAAUGAAACAAAUACUGAUAAAAACAAGAGCGUAAGUAACAAAGGUCGACAGUAGGCACAGGCCGCAGGGAACGCUGUGUGAGGCAACGUUGUGCGAGACCUCGCCGCGGCCGCGGUCACUCGGCAACGUAUUGACGUUUUAACGUACUCCUCGCCAAUACGCCCGUGCAGUGCUACUGGUUUGGUGGGGCUUUCUUUAUUUCACUGCACUGGAAUAUUCGCGAUAGCAAUGGAACUAAGUUAUAGUUCUAAUAUAUUUAGGUUACACUUAACGAUACCUACCUACGACAUUCCUCAUAAUUGAGCAAAAGGCACUAUGCAAAUUUUACACAUAAAACAAUAUUUGGGUUUUAACGAAGAUUGUUUCAAUUCUAC